AUGCGGAUAGCAGUAGCAACGGCACUGCUGACACAGACCGCACAGGCCAGCAAUGUCCUGCAGCAGCAGCUCUGGGGACUCUCGUCGGGCUUGGCCUACUACGUGGAAGUGAAUAUUGGGUCACCGCUGUACUCUUUGGGAUCGAGCAGCUCCAGUUCCAACUCGUUUAACCUGCUACUGGACACGGGCUCGGCCAACACGGCGGUGGUCACGGCUGAGUGCUGCUCAUUGACCAACCAGAAUCUCUACUCGUGUUCGGACUCCAGCACGUGCGUAGACGAAGGCGCCAGUGUCAGUGUGAGCUACGUGAGCGGUGCAUGGAGUGGCGAAGUGGUGCGGGACACUUUCUCCGGACAGGGUCUCGGCACCGUGGAGAACAUGCAUUUCGCCGAGAUCACGGCCGAGGACAGCUUCAUCUCGUCAGGUUACGAUGGUAUCAUCGGUCUGGGGUACAAGUCUAUUGCGUCGCCCUCUAGUAACCCACCGACGCCCUAUUUCGAUACAGUUCUGAGUGCUGAUGGACUGGCAAACGUCUUCAGUCUGCAGAUGUGUGGCGCGUUGCAAGCGCUGAGUUUGAGCAAUGUCUCGACGGAAGAUGGGUCACAUUUGUAUGCGGGGGAAUUCCUUCUUGGGGGAACCGAAGGACCCAAUGGAGAGAGUUAUCACAAGGGAGAUAUUGUGUACACCCCGUUGGUCCAGGAGAAAUAUUUCAACAGCAUCAACUCGCCUCGAUCGAUCGUGGACUCGGGUACCAGCAACAUCGCCUUCCCGUCCAGUGUAUACAGCGCAAUAAUUGCCGAGCUUAAGACGCAGGUUGAACGAAUCGCCACAGUCUCCGACAGCUUCUUCGACGACGACACGACUUGCUGUUCAAGCGACUGCGAUCCAAAUAAUGCUGACUCAAUCAUUUACCAACUACCAGGACUGACCAUCUCCCUUGCAGUCGAUGGCGAUAACUCGCAGCAGAUGACUAUCACCAUCCCAGCUGAGUACAUUUGGCGCCCUAUUGUGGUCUCCACGGGGCGAGGAGAAGCAGCGUGUCGAGUGUUUGGCAUCUCGGAGGGCGAUUUUACGCUGCUAGGCGACGUGUUCAUGGACGGGUUAUUCACAGUGCAUGAUCGUGCCAAUGAACGCGUGGGUCUUGCAAUAGCAGACAACUGUCCGAAUGGUGUCACGUCCAGUAAGAAUAUCACGAUAGAGACGAUGACUGCUGAGGAUUCGCUCUGCGACUGUGUCGGCUCUGCGGACAGGAAAAGCAGUCUUAUCAGCAGCUACGUGCCGUUCUCGGGCAAGCCUUGUUUCUUCUGGCAAUGGUGGAUGUAUGUGGUAAUUGUGGCGCUCGUUGUGAUCGUCCUAAUGCUGCUCGCAUACGGAUAUUACUGGUGGAAGCGCCGCAAACUGAUGCGUCAACUGGAGGCUUUACAGAGCCAGAAUCAGCCGGAAGUGCAGCGCAGUUUGUACGCGAAUGAUCAUCUCGACCGCAACCUGCUGCAUUCGCCUACACAACCUAGCUCCGGAUAUGUCGCCGAUGGCUUCCAGACUGCGCGUCCGAUUGUGAACGGAGGAGCUCCCGCUACUUCGGGAUACGUGUUAGCAUCGUCUCCGUCUGUUCGCUUUAACUCCAACACAAAUGGAGCUCCUGCUACUGCUGUACCGGGUCGAAAGACAUAA